UUGGAAUCAGAAGGAUCGCCGCUGAGCGCCACCCUGAAGCUCUUUUUGUCUCACUCGAGCGGCUCUGACGCGUUCGAAGGGGUCAAAGUGCGAUCUGCAGCACCGUCGAACGAGCAUCCGGCCAGGCUCGAAUCACCUCUUCGCAUCUGUCACCAGAUGUUCUUGCUGCGGACACAUUGCGUGCUGUGGUCCAUUGCAAUUUUCCUUUGUCUCGUUGCUCGCACAUUGGUCCCCGCACACGAGCGUGAGGCGAAACAGGGCGUGCUGAUCCUCUUCGUAUCUUGAACGCUGUCAGAUUCCUAUUGACGAUUAGCCAAUAUGAGAGAAAUCGUUCACCUUCAGACCGGUCAAUGCGGUAACCAAGUCGGUGCCAAAUUCUGGGAGGUCCUCUCCGACGAGCACGGCAUUGACGGCGCUGGUGCGUACCAAGGUACUUCGGACCUGCAGCUCGAGCGUAUCAACGUCUACUACAAUGAGGCCUCCAACGCCAAAUACGUCCCCCGUGCUGUCCUUAUCGACCUCGAGCCGGGCACGAUGGACUCUGUCCGUUCCGGCCCGAUGGGUGGCCUCUUCCGCCCGGAUAACUUUGUCUUUGGUCAAUCUGGUGCUGGUAACAACUGGGCCAAGGGCCACUACACGGAGGGCGCUGAGCUCGUUGACUCGGUUCUCGAUGUUGUGCGCAAGGAGGCCGAGGGCUGCGACAUGCUGCAGGGAUUCCAGAUCACCCACUCGCUCGGUGGUGGUACGGGUGCCGGUAUGGGUACGCUGCUCAUCUCCAAGAUCCGGGAAGAGUUCCCGGACCGCAUGAUGGCCACCUUCUCGGUCAUGCCCUCGCCCAAGGUCUCGGACACAGUUGUCGAGCCAUACAACGCCACGCUCUCCGUCCACCAGCUGGUCGAGAACUCGGACGAGACGUUCUGCAUUGACAACGAGGCGCUCUACGAGAUCUGCUUCCGCACUCUUAAACUCCCGUCACCCAAGUACGGUGACCUUAACCACCUUGUCUCUCUCGUCAUGAGUGGUAUUACCACAUGUCUCCGUUUCCCCGGUCAGCUCAACUCUGAUCUGCGCAAGCUCGCGGUCAACAUGGUCCCGUUCCCACGUUUGCACUUCUUCAUGGUCGGCUUUGCUCCGCUCACCGCAAGGGGCAGCCAGCAAUACCGCGCAGUCAGCGUCCCUGAGCUGACCCAGCAAAUGUUCGAGUCGAAGAACAUGAUGGCCGCCGCUGACCCACGCCAUGGCCGCUACUUGACUGUCGCCGCGUACUUCCGCGGUAAGGUGUCAAUGAAGGAGGUCGAGGACCAGAUGCAAGCGACGCAGGCCAAGAACGCGGCCUACUUCGUUGAGUGGAUCCCUAACAACGUCCAGACAGCCCACUGUGACAUUGCCCCGCGCGGCAUGAAGAUGGCCGUUACGUUCAUCGGCAACUCGACCGCCAUCCAGGAGCUGUUCAAGCGUGUUUCGGAGCAGUUCUCGGCCAUGUUCAGGAGGAAGGCGUUCUUGCACUGGUACACCGGCGAGGGCAUGGACGAACUCGAGUUCACCGAGGCAGAGUCCAACAUGCAGGACCUCGUCAGCGAAUACCAACAGUAUGCGGAGGCUGGUAUCGACGACGAGGAGGAUGGCCUUUACGAGGAGGAAGUCCCGGCCGAGGAGGAGUAAUUUUUUCAACAAAGAUUUCGCUUCGAGGAGGCCCAGCACGUAGUGGUGGAAGAAAAGGCGCCUGUAAACCUUUGAGAUCGCUCCUUUAACAUG